CGCACCAGCAGCUGAUGGAGCUGGAGGGCGACUACUGCCAGCUGGUCAGCUGCGACGCCGCCAGUCAGCAGCAGCAGAAGCCGGCCGAACAGGCCCAGGAACCAGCAGGCGCCGAUGAAACAGGAACAGCAGGCGGGAAGUUCACAUCAGAUGAAACGUUCGGCUCUACCAUCGGUCUAUUUAAGAAUUUCGCCGCCUAUUAUCAGUACUGCGGCGUGUGUGGCAUGCUGCUGGUGACGUUUCUUACGGUGCUGUUCGCCUGCUGCCGCACCGGCAGCGGCCUCUAUCUGCAGUACUGGAUCGACGCCGGCGACGGACGCAAGUUCGCCGCAGUAACCGGCCAACUAUGUGUGGAACACUUGGCUGGCGGUAUGGUCUAG